CUGAAGAUAUUGUUUUGAUCUUCGUGUAAUAGUGAAUAAAUCACAAGGUCACUGUGGAGGUCCAUCCGCGGUGGAAGUAGAUGUGCAUUAAGUUAGGGGAGAUGAAAGGGAAAGAUACCACAGAGUGAAUGAGAGGAUGGGAAAUAAAGGUAAAGCUGCAAUAUCUGGAUGUGAUUUUUAAGAAUAUUGCUGCAUCCAAAACGCCCCACUGGUGAGGAACAGUUUGCUCAAGGUUUUGGCUCCUUUAAAUAUAUUAUAAAUUUAACAUGUUUUAAUGAGCUUAUUUAGGUCAUUUUAAUUAUUUCUUUAGUCAUAUGAAUUAUUUUAGGUAUAUAAAAACAAUGUGAUGUUAAAAGAAACUAAUUUAAAUCGUCAAUAUUUUACAGACCUGAUGUAGAUUUAUCAAAUAAUCCUUGAAAUAUGGAAAAACUACAGGCACGCAACAAGCCUUAUCCAGCAUGCAUCGGGGGCUUCGAUGAGCAUGUGUAGAGAGCAAAGUUAUUUAUACUGACGUUUUUGUUCAUUCUUACUUCAACAUGUCUCUUCCCCUCCGUUUCUUUUCCGGUGGUCUUCUUCGCCAUGGCCGCCUGCGUCCUCCCCUCGCCAUGGAGGCCAGAGUCCCCCGUCCACCGCGCCACAUCCUCGCUUGAAAGCUUGAUCCUUUCUCUCGGAAGCUACGCUGCUUCCGGCCACAGCAGCCCCCGCGACCAGGAUGCCCACUACAACGCCAUCCUCGCCCUCUGCAUCGCCCGCAGGUCCCUACGUGACGGCCUCUGCCUCCGUUCCCACAUCGCCAGCAUCGGCCAUGCCCCUUCUCUCUUCCUCCAGAACCAGUUCGUCAACCUCUUCUCUAAGUGUGGUGCCAUUGAUAUGGCACGGCAGGUGUUCGACGAAAUGCCCCACAGGAACGUCGUGUCCUGGAAUGCCCUCCUCUCGGGCUACCUGUCCAAUGGCCGCAUCCUCGAUGCGCUCCUCCUUUUCUCGGUCAUGGUUGACGCUGGACCGAGCCCCAACCACCUCACUUACUUGACUGCAGUUCGAGCUUUGGUUGCAACAGGUAGUCGUGAGCUUGGAAAACAGAUUCAUGGUCGCAUCCUAAAGGAAGGGUUUUUAUCUAGAGCGGAAGUUGCUAAUUGUUUGAUCAAUAUGUAUUCAAAAUUUGGAGAACUAGACGAUGCUGAAACAGUGUAUUGUAGAAUGGUUGAGCGAGAUACAGCCUCUUGGAAUUCUCUCAUUGCCUUGAAGGCAAGAAGAGGGCAUACUGAUGAUGCUCUGGUUCUAUUUGUAGACAUGCUAGAUGAAGGCUUCGCACCAGAUGAAUUCACGUUUGGAACCCUCCUCUCAUUGCAAGAUACAACCUUUAUCAGAGAGCUCCAUGGCCAGAUCACUAAGAGGGCCCUGUGUUACAAUUUGUUUGUAGGAACUGCACUGGUUGAUGCUUAUGGCAGGUUUGGGAAUGUGAAAAUUGCAUCCCAAAUCUUUGAUUUGAUGCACGAACGCAAUGUUGUGGCAUGGAACUCUGUUAUUUCAGCUUGCUUCGCGAACGGCAAGGCCCAAGAAGGUUUGCGGUUGUUUUUGGAGAUGGGUGAGCAGGGUCUGCUGCCAGAUGAGUACACUAUCUCAAUACUCCUCAAGGCUGCAGCUUCUCAACUAUCGGUGCUUGUUGGUAGACAAUUUCAUGGCGUUGCAAUCAAGAUGGGUCUUCAGACCAAUGCCAUGAUCGGAAACAGUCUUAUUAUGAUGUAUGCCAAAAAUGAAUGGGUUUCUGAUUCAUUUUUAGCUUUUAAAGAUAUAUCCGAACAUGAUCUUAUCUCUUGGAAUUCCAUAGUCCAGUGUUAUCUUCAGAAUGAGGAACCUGAGCAGGCUUGGAUGCUCUUUGUUGAAAUGAAAAGUUUGGGGUUUCAGCCGGAUGAGUUCAGCUUUGUAGGCGCUUUGGCUGCUUGUGCUUCACUGGCUCGGCAUCAAUCUGGAAGAGAAGUUCAUGGUGACAUGAUCAAGAGAAGCAUCAUAUCAGAUGCCUUCAUCGGCAGUGCACUUAUCGACAUGUAUUCCAAAUCCAUGGUUGUAUCUGAUGCUUGGCAGGUAUUCAGCAGAGUCAAACAUAAGGACUUGAUCAUCUGGAAUGCAUUGAUAUCAGGGUUAUCACAAAAUGGUUACUUGGAUGAAGUUUUUAAAUUACUUUACUGGAUGAGGGAAGAGGAUUUCGAGCCCGAUAAGUUUACUUUUGCGAGCAUUUUUGCAGCAUGUGCCAAUACCAUGGCAGUGCAACAGGGAAGGCAGGUGCAAGGAUUGAUCUUGAAAUCUGAACUUAAUGCCGAUGCUGCUGUGGCUAAUUCGCUGAUAACCAUGUACUGCAGAGCUGGAUGCUUAAGGGAAGCAAGGCAAGUUUUUUUCGAUGUUCCCUUAAAGAACGUCGUAUCAUGGACAGCCAUGAUCGGAGGUUGCGCGCAGAGUGGUUAUUCUCAAGAAGCUCUCAAAAUCUUUGCCCAAAUGCAGAAAGAUGCAGUGAAACCGAAUGCCAAAACCUUUGUCGCACUCUUGACAGCUUGCAGUUAUGCAGGUUUGAGCAAUGACGCAGGGAAAUUUUUCGAGAUGAUGGAGGUCAAAUACAGCAUUCAACCAUCCUUCGAUCACUAUGCUUGCAUGGUAGACAUCCUUGGGCGAGCAGGGAGAUUAAACGAAGCGGAAAAUUUGAUAAAGUCGAUGCCUUUCCAGCCAGAUGCACUUGUGUGGAGAAUGUUGCUGAGUGCCUGCAGGGUUCAUGGAGAUGUGGAACGAGGGCGAAGAGCCAUGGAAAGGAUUUUGGCACUUGAACCUGGGGAUUCCGCAGCUUACAUACUGCUGUCUAACUUGUAUGCCUCGAUCGGAAAUUGGCACGGGGUUGAGGAAGUGAGAGAAUUGAUGAGGGUGAAUGGGGUGAAGAAGGAGCCAGGGAAGAGUUGGAUUGAGGUGAAUGCUAGAAUCCAUGAGUUUGUAGCUGGUGGCUCUACUCAUCCAAACACAAAGGAAAUAUACUUGAGACUUAAAGGCUUGUUAAAACAGAUGAAGGAUGAAGGAUACAUUACAGGUAUCGAAAGGCUGUGAACUAGAUGUUAGUCUCUCAAAUAGUUAACAAUGAUUAUAAUUAUAUAGGCGAAGAAAAAUUUUAAUUGUACUUGACAGUGUUUGUCCCGAUUUUGGAGUCCAAUGGACUCAAAGUAUUAAAAAGUAACAGGAUGGAUUGCAGGAACCUGUCGACCUUGAAAAUA